AUGAAAUGGACUAAAAUAGCUAAGCAUGCCAACGUUGAGAAAAAAGACUAUAUCAAAACCAAAAAAGAAGAACUGAUUAAAGCAAGAUCAGAGUUAGCAAGCUUAGAAACUGCAUAUAGAGAAGCAUUGGAAAAGGAAAGAUUGAAAGAAUUAGCAAAAAAAGAGCAGGAAAGCUUAGCAAAUUUAGCAUAUUUUACUGAAGAAACAAUAAAAGCAAGAAAAUUAAUUAAAGAAAUUGGGAAAGAAUGCUAUGGUAAGUGGUAGCUAGAUAAACUGAGAAAUUUGUUUACAAGGUAUGCAACAGUUUUUAAUUUUGAUAGAAGUGGGUAUAUAGAUUUAACACAGUUCAGGCUGUUUUGCAAUGAAAUUGGAUUAAGCUCUCAAUUGGCCAUUUCUGAUGCAGAGGUGGUAUACCAUUAUGUAAAUCAAAGAGGGUUGCUGAAUUUUUGGAAAUUCAUAAAAGUCAUGAAAAUGCUCUCGAACUUUAUUCAUCAAGAUCACACUGAAACAGAAGCAUUGGAAAUUGUAGGACUUGAAUUAUGCUUUCCAGCACAAAGAGAAGAUAAUAUUGAUAGAAAUCAUGAGUUAUGGGAUGAGCAGCUUGAAUUUCCAAUGGCAAAAGAUCUUUUUGAAAGCCAUAAAAAGCUACUUCAAGAAAUUUUCAAUGUUUAUUCACAAAAAAUAUAUAAAGUUUUGUGCUUGAAAGAGUUUUUGGGAUUAUGCAUGGAUUUAGAGCUAAUUCCGGGGAUCAUGUCAUGCUGGGAAGCAAGCAGAAUUUUUAGAAGCGUAAUAAAUCCAGAAAUAUUUGAGAUUGAGAUUUUUAGAUUAGAGAGGGUUAAAGCGGGGAUUAUUUCAGCCCCUGAUCCAGUCGAGCUUCAGCUUCACGCUCGUGUGGCGCUAGUCACUAAAGCCACCUGCCGCCCUUUUUUCUGAUGACGUCAUCAAAAAUGGUGACGUCAGCAUCUUUCGGGGAGAUUCACCCGAACCUGCUUGGACCAAAAUGCUUCAGCAAAGGACUCUCUUAACCCCUGGUAGUGCUCAGGGUAUGAGGGAACCGUCCGAUGCCUCCUUCUGGAACUACCUCUGCCAUUUGCAGGCAACAUAAUGCUCCUCCAGAAGUCCUCGAUUGGUAUUGCGCCGUCGGUCUUCUCGUCUGUGGGUCGAGGGGAGGCCCAGUUAGCCCAGACCGCACCCACCCCGGAAUUAAGCCACCUGCGACCUCGUAGCCUUUCCGCCAGCUUUUUUAUUUUCUGGCAAAAAUUCUGAGUUCAUCUGUCGCUACUAGGCAUGCCAUGAUGGCAUUAAUUAGAAAUAUUUGAAGAUUGCGUCACUUAUGAAGAGUUUCUGAAAUGCUUAGGCUAUAUUGCAUUAUCUAAGUUUCAUCAACAAGAGUCAGAAUUCCCAUAUUUAGCUAUAUCAAGAUUUUUGAAUACAAUCGAGAGUAGGGAGCAAAUAAUAAGGGAGAAGAAAUUUGAAUUGCCAGUUAUUAAGCAAUAUGAAGACAUUUAA